CAGCGAGCUGCGUCCCGUCCUGUCCAGUCCGGUCCCCGGCGCGGCCCGGCCCGCGCGCUCGCUCCGGCCCUUCCGCCGCCCUCGGCCCGCCAUGGCCAGCCCGCGGCCGUCCGGCCCGACCCCGCUGCCGCCGCUGCUGCUGCUCCUGGUGGUGGCCGCGUGCCCCCUGCCCGGCGUCGACGGGACGUGCCCGGAGCGCGCGCUGGAGCGGCGGGAGGAGGAGGCGAACGUGGUGCUCACGGGCACCGUGGAGGAGAUCCUCAAUGUGGACCCGGUGCAGCUCACGUACUCGUGCAAGGUUCGGGUCUGGCGGUACUUGAAGGGCAAAGACGUGGUGACUCAGGAGAGCCUGAUGGACGGCGGCAACAAGGUGGUGAUUGGCGGCUUUGGAGACCCCCUCAUCUGUGACAACCAGGUGUCCGCGGGGGACACGAGGAUCUUCUUUGUGAACCCUGCGCCCCCGUACCUGUGGCCCGCCCACAAGAACGAGCUGAUGCUCAACUCCAGCCUCAUGCGCAUCACCCUGCGGAACCUGGAGGAGGUGCAGCAUUGUGUGGAAGACAAACCUGGGACCCACUUCACACCGGUGCACCUGACCCCUCCAGAUGCCUGCCGCGGGAUGCUGUGUGGCUUCGGCGCCGUGUGCGAGCCCAGUGCAGAGGGCCUGGGCCGAGCCUCCUGCGUGUGCAAGAAGCGCGCCUGCCCCGCAGUCGUGGCUCCCGUGUGCGGCUCCGACGCCUCCACCUACAGCAACGAGUGCGAGCUGCAGCGGGCGCAGUGCAGCCAGCAGCGGCGCAUCCGCCUGCUCUUCCGCGGGCCCUGCGGGCUCCGUGACCCCUGCUCCAACGUGACCUGCAGCUUUGGCAGCACCUGUGCACGCUCCGCGGACGGACAGACAGCCACGUGCCUGUGCCCUGCCUCCUGCCGGGGAGCCCCGGAGGGGCCCGUGUGCGGCACCGACGGCACUGACUAUCGGGGAGAAUGCCAGCUGCUGCGCCAGGCCUGUGCCCGCCAGGAGAACAUCUCCAAGAAGUUCGAUGGCCCCUGUGACCCCUGCCAGGGUGCCCUCAGCGACCCGAGCCGCAUCUGCCGUGUGAACCCGCGAACCCGGCGCCCCGAGGUGCUGCUUUCGCCAGAGAGCUGCCCUUCCCGGCAGGCGCCCGUGUGCGGGGACGAUGGCGUCACCUACAACAACGAGUGUGUCAUGGGCCGCACCGGGGCCGCCCGGGGAAUCCUCCUCCAGAAAGUGCGCUCCGGACAGUGCCAUCCUCGAGACCAGUGCCCAGACCCCUGCAGGUUCAAUGCCGUGUGCCUGUCCCGCCGAGGCCGUCCCCGCUGCUCCUGUGACCGGAUCGUCUGUGACGGGGCCUACAGACCCGUGUGUGCGAAAGACGGGCACACGUAUGACAACGACUGCUGGCGCCAGCAGGCCGAAUGCCAGCAGCAGCGUGCCAUCCCCCCCAGGCACCAGGGCCCGUGUGAUCAGCCCCCGUCCCCGUGCAUCGGGGUGCAGUGCCUGUUCGGGGCAGUGUGUGCCGUGAAGAAUGGGGGAGCUGAGUGUGUGUGCCAGCACGUGUGUCCGAGGGUCUACAGCCCCGUGUGCGGCAGCGACGGGGUCACCUACGGCAGCGCCUGCGAGCUGGAGUCCGCGGCCUGCGUCCUCGGGCGAGAGAUCCUGGUGGCUCACAGAGGACCCUGCGACCGCUGUGGGCAGUGCCGCUUUGGAGCCGUGUGCGAGGCUGAGACUGGGCGCUGCGUGUGCCCCUCGGAGUGCGUGGCCCUGGCCCAGCCCGUGUGUGGCUCUGACGGGAACACGUACGCCAGCGAGUGUGAGCUGCAUGUCCACGCCUGCACACGCCAGAUCAGCCUGCGUGUGGCCUCAGACGGACCUUGCCAGACCUGUGGAGACACCGUGUGCGCCUUCGGUGCCGUGUGCAUGGCGGGGCAGUGUGUGUGCCCCCGGUGUGAGCGCCCCCCACCCGGCCCCGUGUGCGGCAGUGACGGCGUCACCUACCCCAGUGCCUGUGAGCUCCGCGAGGCCGCCUGCCAGCAACAGGCUCAGAUCGAGGAGGCCCGGGCGGGGCCGUGCGAGCAGGCCGAGUGUGGCUCCGGAGGCUCGGGCUCCGGCGAGGACGGCGAGUGUGAGCAGGAACUGUGCCUGCAGUACGGCGGCGUCUGGGACGAGGACUCUGAGGACGGGCCUUGCGUCUGCGGCUUCAGCUGCCAGGGCGCCCUGAGGAGCCCGGUCUGCGGCUCCGAUGGCGGCACCUACAGCACGGAGUGUGAGCUGAAGAAGGCCCGGUGCGAGUCCCAGCGAGAGCUGUACGUCGUGGCUCAAGGAGCCUGCCGAGCCCCCACUGUGGCCCCAAUGCCCCCGGCGGUCCCCCUGCACUGCGCCCAGACACCCUUCGGCUGCUGCCAGGAUAACGUCACUGCUGCGCGGGGUGUGGGCCUGGCCGGCUGUCCCAGCUUGUGCCAGUGUAACCCCCACGGCUCCUACGGUGGCACCUGCGACCCGGGCACAGGCCAGUGCUCCUGCCGCCCAGGUGUGGGGGGCUUCAAGUGUGACCGCUGUGAGCCCGGCUUCUGGAACUUCCGUGGCAUCGUCACCGACGGCCGGAGUGGCUGCACCCCCUGCAGCUGUGACCCCCGGGGUGCCGUGCGGGACGACUGUGAGCAGAUGACUGGGCUGUGCUCGUGCAAGCCUGGGGUGGCCGGACCCAAGUGUGGGCAGUGUCCCGACGGCCGUGGCCUGGGCCCUGCUGGCUGUGAAACAGACUCCUCGGUGCCCAGGACCUGUGCUGAAAUGCACUGUGAGUUUGGGGCCUCCUGCGUGGAGGAGGCUGGCUCCGCCCACUGUGUGUGCCCAACACCCACCUGUCCGGAGGCCAAUGCUACCAAGGUGUGUGGGUCGGACGGAGUCACCUACGGUAACGAGUGCCAGCUGAGGACCAUCGCCUGCCGCCAGGGCCUGGACAUCUCGAUCCAGAACCUCGGCCCGUGCCAGGAGGCUGUGGCUCCCGGCGCCCGCCCCACACCCGUGCCUGUGGCCACCUCGGUGCGCUACCUGAGUGAGGCACCCCCGCCCAGCGCCCUCCCCCUGGCUCCCGGCAGUACCCCCCGCAGCCGACCCACCCCUAGACCCUCAUCGCAGCCUCGGACCACGGCCAGCAUCCCCAGGGCCACUAGGAGGCCCGAGCUGACCAUCCCCCCCACGGUAACCCCCUCGGCAGCCAGCCUCGCCACAGCGGCCUUCAGCGAAUCUGGCAGCGCCGACGGGAGCGGUGACGAGGAGCUGAGCGGGGAUCUAGAGGCCAGUGGGGCCGGCUCGGGGGGACCUGAGCCCCCCGAGGGUGGCAGCGAGGUGACCCCUGGGCCACCCAUCGAGAGGGCUUCCUGCUACAACUCCCCUUUGGGCUGCUGCUCAGAUGGCAAGACGCCCUCGCUGGACGCAGAGGGCUCCAACUGUCCCGCCACCAGGGCGUUCCAGGGUGUGCUGGAGCUCGAGGGGGUCGAGGGGCAGGAGCUGUUCUACACGCCCGAGAUGGCCGACCCCAAGUCCGAGCUGUUUGGGGAGACAGCCAGGAGCAUCGAGAGUGCGCUGGACGACCUGUUCCGGAACUCAGAUGUCAAGAAGGACUUCUGGAGUGUCCGCCUGCGGAACCUGGGGCCUGGCGACUCUGUCCGGGCCAUUGUGGACGUGCACUUUGACCCCACCACGAGCCUCAGGGCGCCCGACGUGGGCCGCGCGCUCCUGCGCCAGAUCCAGGCCUCCCGGCGCCGGCCCCUGGGGGUGCGGCGGCCGCUGCAGGAGCACGUGCGCUUCAUGGACUUCGACUGGCUUCCUGCCUUCUUCACGGGAGCGACCACGGGAGCCACCCCGGCCGCGGCCACGGCCAAGGCCACCACCGCCGCCUCUUCCGCGGCCCCUAGGGCCCUCCGCCCCAGCCACACCAGCCGGCCCAUGAGCAGGACCACAGGCCCCCCCACCACACGCCGGCCCCCCACCACGGGCCCCAGCCGUGUGCCCGGACGCCGGCCCCUGCCCCCAGGCGCCCAGCAGCCCCGGAGGCCCUGUGACUCCCAGCCCUGCCUGUAUGGGGGGACCUGCCAGGACCAGGACGCGGGGGGAGCCUUCACCUGCAGCUGCCCAGCCGGCAGGGGGGGCGCUGUCUGUGAGAAUGGUGUCCGUCCCGCAGCUCUGCACCCCUCAGUGCCGUCCUUCGGGGGCCGCUCCUUCCUGGCCUUCCCCACGCUCCGUGCCUACCACACGCUGCGCCUGGCGCUGGAGUUCCGGGCGCUGGAGCCCCAGGGGCUGCUGCUCUACAACGGCAACGCCCGCGGCAAGGACUUCCUGGCGCUGGCGCUGCUGGGCGGCCGCGUGCAGCUCAGGUUCGACACCGGCUCCGGGCCUGCAGUGCUGACCAGCACGGUGCCCGUGGAGCCCGGCCGGUGGCACCGCCUGGAGCUGUCCCGGCACUGGCGCCAGGGGACGCUCUCGGUGGACGGCGAGCCCCCCGUCCUGGGCCAGAGCCCCAGUGGCACUGAUGGACUCAACCUGGACACAGACCUCUUUGUGGGGGGCGUCCCUGAGGACCAGGCCGCUGUGGUGCUAGAGCGGACAUCCGUCAGCGUCGGCCUCAGGGGCUGCAUCCGCCUGCUGGACGUGAACAACCAGCGCCUGGAGCUCGGCAGCUGGCGCGGGGCCACCGGGAGCGCCCACCUGGGCGAGUGUGCGGCCCACCCCUGCCUGCCCAGCCCCUGCCUCGGGGGCGCCCCGUGCCAGGCCCUGGAGGGCGGCAGGUUCCACUGUCAGUGUCCCCCCGGCCGAUUUGGCCCCACCUGUGCCGAGGAGAAGGACCCCUGUGACCCCAACCCCUGCCACGGGGCGGCCCCCUGCCGUGUGCUGCCCGGGGGCGAGGCUGCCUGCGAGUGCCCCCUGGGACGAGGGGGUGCUCUCUGCCAAACAGGCACCCCAGAGCCAGGCCCAGGCCCCGUGUGGCCUCCUCUCUCCUCCACAGAGCGGAGCGGCCCCGGGCCCUUCCUGGCUGACUUCCGCGGGGCCUCCUACCUGGAGAUGAAAGGCCUGCACACCUUCGAGCCGGACCUCGGGGAGAAGAUGGCGCUGGAGGUGGUGUUCUUGGCGCGCAGCCCCAGCGGGCUGCUGCUCUACAACGGGCAGAAGACGGACGGCCGGGGGGACUUCGUGUCGCUGGCCCUGCGUGACGGACACCUGGAGUUCCGCUACGACCUGGGCAAGGGGGCGGCGGCCAUCAGGAGCAAGGAGCCCGUGGCCCUGGGCGCCUGGACCAGGGUCUCCCUGGAGCGGAACGGCCGCAAGGGCGCCAUGCGUGUGGGCGACGGGCCCCGCGUGCUGGGGGAGUCCCCGAAAUCCCGAAAGGUGCCGCACACCGUCCUCAACCUGAAGGAGCCACUGUACCUGGGGGGAGCCCCCGACUUCAGCAAGCUGGCCCGGGCUGCCGCUGUGUCCUCCGGCCUUGAUGGCGCCAUCCAGCUGGUCGCCCUGAAAGGCCAUCAGCUGCUGACCCGGGAGCACGUGGUGCGGGCGGUGGACGUCUCCUCCUUCACAGACCACCCCUGCACCCAGGCCUCGGGCCACCCCUGCCUCAACGGGGCCUCCUGCCUCCCCCAGGAGGCCUCCUACACCUGCCUGUGCCCCGGGGGCUUCUCGGGGCUCCACUGCGAGAAGGGGCUGAUAGAGAAGUCGGCAGGGGACCUGGACACACUGGCCUUUGAUGGACGGACCUACAUCGAGUACCUCAACGCUGUGACGGAGAGCGAACUGACCAAUGAGAUCCCAGCCCCCGAAGCUCCAGAUCCCGGGGCCCUUCAUAGCGAGAAGGCGCUGCAGAGCGACCACUUCGAGCUGAGCCUGCGCACCGAGGCCACGCAGGGGCUGCUGCUGUGGAGUGGCAAGGCCACGGAGCGGGCCGACUACCUCGCGCUGGCCAUCGUGGACGGCCGCCUGCAGCUGACCUACGACCUGGGCUCCCAGCCCGUGGUGCUGCGCUCCACCGUGCCCGUCAACACCAACCGCUGGCUGCGGGUCAGGGCGCACAGGGAACAGAGGGAAGGCUCCCUGCAGGUGGGCAACGAGGCCCCCGUGACCGGCUCCUCCCCGCUGGGCGCCACGCAGCUGGACACAGAUGGAGCCCUGUGGCUGGGAGGCCUGGAGAGACCGCCCGUGGGCGCAGCCCUGCCCAAGGCCUACGGCACCGGCUUCGUGGGCUGCCUGCGGGACGUGGUGGUGGGACGGCGGCCGCUGCACCUGCUAGAAGACGCCGUCACCAGGCCCGAGCUCCGGCCCUGUCCCGCCCCGUGAGCCUGCUGGAGCCCGCCCCACACCCUGCUGUAAUUAUUUUAUAUUUUUGUAAACUUGUUGCUUUUUUUAUAUGAUUUUCUUGCCUGCGUUUUGGCCGGAGGAACUCUCGGCCUGGCCUCCCUCCUGUCAAGGCAGGCGAGCCGCAGAGGCAAACUCAGGCCGCGGGACUCGGGGCGGACGUGGCCACAGGGCAGGCGUGGCUCUGACAGCAGCCUCAGGACACACCCUCCACCCGGGCCACCGUGUCCCAGGCCCUCCUGCUGGGCUUCCCUGCCUGCCAGCAGACCCCCCAACACAUCGAGCUCCACCCUGCCAGUCUGGGUCCCCAGAGCUGGGAUCUGCUGCCGGAUGCAGGGGGCCUUCCCAGGCCUCCCCUGAGCUGGACCUCGUCCUGCUGGGAGGGGCCAGCCUCACCAGGACUGGCCUCGAGCCUGGCGGCCCCUCCUGGGCCUCCUGGGCCAAUACUGUGACUUAGAGAUGACGUUCCUGCUGGGGCCACCGGCAUCCCUGCUCUCGCUGUGUCUGCCAGCCCCAGGUGCUGGAGGCAGAGGCCAGGCCCAGGACUGUUGGGGGCCCUCACCUCCCUGGCCCUGCCCACCAGGGACGUGGCUGUGUCCCAUCCCGACACCUCAGGGCCCCGUGAGGAACCCUGAGCGGCAGUGGGCCAGUGUGGUGUGUUGGUGUCCGUUGCCUGCUCGCCUGGGCAGCCAGCGUCCAGGCCUGACCACCAACCAGAGUUCUCAGUGCAUUGAGUUUACUUGACGUCUGGGGAGGGGGCUCAUCGUGCCUGAGGGCAGCUGAGGACACCCCACGGCAACCCUCUCCCGUCCUGGUGGGAGUGGGGUGUCCUCGUUCGAGAAUGACGGGGGCCGGCCGGGUGUCUGACCGAGGCCCAGGAGUGGGUGCUGGGACGGCAGAGACGGCUGCAAAGCCAGAAACGCCUUAAAUUGCACCAUCGUGUCAUCCCAACCAGCCUGCCCCCUCCUGCACCUGGUACUGGGGUGUGGCAGCCCAGCUUCCACAGCUGGGCUGGGAUGUCAGGCCCACAGGCUGAAGGGAGCCCCGUAUGUCACACUACUAACACCUCCAGUCUGUCAAUCACCAUGAAAUAAAGUCUGAACAUGUUAAA